AUGGAAAAUGGUCUCGAAACCGGUGCUAUUCCCGUCGCCGAUCCGAGCGCCGACGCCGAAGAUGCUCAGCCCACGAGGGAGGAGCUGUUGCUAAAGAAGAAGCAUUUCCCCUUUAUGGAAUUGCCCUCAGAACUCCGUCUGAAUAUUUAUCGCAUGGCGCUCUGUCGCCCCAAACCCAUUCUCCUCCACAUGCCGAAGCCAGCCGCAAAAGAGUCCGAUGAACGCGACGAAUACGAAGUAUCGGAGCUCUGGGAUGGAGACAACCCGGUAACGCUGGGGCUUCCUCCGCGGCCGGGGCGGCGGCCAUCAUCGCCCCGCGCACCGCGCCCCGGCGGCAGGACCUUCGCCCGCCGCUUCGAAGUCAAGCAGCAGCUGCCGCACAAUGUCAACACGGAGCCACUGGUCCCCGCGCUGCUCCGCGUCUCGCAGCAGAUUUACCGCGAGGCCCGUCCGGUCCUAUACUCGGACAACGAACUCGUUUUGCAUUUGCCCAGCGCGCUUUGCACGCUUAAUGGUCUCCAUCAACGUAGUCGUAGCUUGAUCAAGCACGUCCAUCUUACCAUUCCUACGCAUCACGACAUCCUUGAGGGGUUUGCCGAUCUGGUGCGCCUUGGAUUGCGCUACUGCUGGGGCCUCAAGACUUUUACCAUCACUUUGCCGGAUAUGUUUCCCGAGGAGCGCAGUGUGCCUAGUAGUACGACCAACGUGUACGCGAACGCAUUCCACAUCCUGCGUUGGUUACCCAAAGCCACGGUUGUGCGCCUGGAAGGCAACGUCCAGGAAGAGAUACGGAAAGUUGUAGAGGAGAACGGUCGCCUAGCCAUGGCAUUGAAUGAGGUUAAAUACUUACGCCGCCAGCAUCAAAUGCCAGAGCGGCGGUGA